GGGGGACACGGUAAGGAGGCGUCCAUCAUCUCCACCUUCCCGUGAUUUAAACCAAACACGCAACUGUGCGACAAACCUGGUCAUAACAAAGGUUUUUUCCUCCUGAAUCAACAAUGGCCUUCAGCAAGGGAUAUCGCAUUUACCACAAGCUGGACCCGCCCCCCUACAGUGUCAUAGUGGAAACCAGGACCAGGGAAGAAUGUCUCAUGUUUGAAUCGGGGGCUGUCGCUGUUCUGUCGGCAGCAGAGAAAGAGGCCAUUAAAAGUUCAUAUACCAAGAUAGUUGACGCCUAUGGAGUCCUGGGUGUCCUCCGCCUAAACUUGGGGGACUCCAUGCUCCACAGUCUGGUGGUGGUGACAGGAUGUAGCUCUGUGGGGAAGGUGCAGGACUCUGAGGUUUUCAGGGUCACACAGACGGACUUUAUAUCACUGAAGAAUGAUCCAGGAGACGAGGACCGGAUCGCGGAGGUGCGAAAGGUCCUGAACUCAGGACACUUCUACUUUGCUUGGUCUUCCAGUGGAGUCAGUUUGGACCUGAGUCUCAAUGCACGUCGCAGGAUCCAAGAAGAUUCAACAGACAACCGCUUCUUUUGGAACCAGUCUCUUCACCUGCACCUGAAACAUUACGGAGUUAACUGUGAGGACUGGCUGUUGAGGCUGAUGUGCGGUGGUGUGGAGAUCAGGACCAUCUAUGCAGGUCACAAACAGGCCAAGGCCUGCAUCUUCUCCCGCCUCAGCUCAGAGCGAGCAGGCACUCGAUUUAAUGUCCGAGGAACAAACGACGAUGGACAGGUCGCCAACUUUGUGGAGACUGAACAGGUUAUAUUCCUGGAUGAUAGAGUUUCCUCCUUCAUACAGAUCCGUGGGUCCAUUCCUCUUUUCUGGGAACAGCCAGGAAUCCAGGUUGGCUCUCAUCGUGUCAAACUCUCAAGGGGAUUUGAGGCUAAUGCACCAGCGUUCGAAAGACACUUCACUGCACUGCGGAGGUUGUACGGUAAGCAGGUGAUCCUCAACCUGCUUGGGAGUAAGGAAGGAGAACACAUGCUCAGUAAAGCGUUCCAGAGUCAUCUGAAGGCUUCGGAACAUGCGUCAGCAGUGAAGAUGGUGAACUUUGACUACCACCAAAAUGUGAAGGGAGGCAAAGCAGACAAACUUCACAGUGUCCUGAAACCCCAGGUCAACAAGUUUGUAGAUGAGUGCGGGUUCUUCUAUUACUCUGGAGAGUCCGGCAUCACAAGGACUCAGGGUGGGACCCUCAGGACCAACUGCCUGGACUGUCUGGACAGAACUAACAGUGUACAAGCCUAUUUCGCCCUCGAGAUGCUGCCGAAGCAGCUGGAGGAAAUGGGUCUGACGGAGAAACCCCAGCUGGUGGCCCGGUUCCAGGAGGUUUUCAGGACCAUGUGGUCGGUCAAUGGAGACUCCGUCAGUAAGAUCUAUGCAGGCACCGGGGCUCUGGACGGGAAGGCCAAGUCUGGGAAGCUGAAAGAUGGAGCGCGCUCUGUGACGAGGACUAUCCAGAACAACUUCUUCGACAGUUCUAAGCAAGAGGCGAUCGACAUCCUGAGACUGGGCUCCACACUCAACAGUGAUUUGGCGGACAAAGCUCGGGCCUUGCUCACCACUUCCAGUCUUUAUGUCACUGAGCCCGUCUUACAAUCAGCCUCCCCAAGGGUACUGCUGGGAAUGUGUCAGAACUACCAGAAAUACACAAUGCCCAAGCAGAUCCGGGUGUGUGUCGGCACCUGGAAUGUGAACGGGGGUAAACAGUUUCGCAGCAUUGCUUUCCGCAACCAGACGCUCAACGACUGGCUGCUUGAUGCUCCCAAGAAGGCGGGGCAUCCUGAGUUCCAGGACAGCAAAGCCAACCCCAUCGAUAUAUUUGCCAUCGGUUUUGAGGAAAUGGUUGAACUGAAUGCCGGCAACAUCGUCAGUGCCAGCACCACGAACCAGAAGCUGUGGGCAGCUGAGCUCCAAAAAAACAUCUCCCGGGACCACAAAUAUGUUCUGCUGGCUUCAGAGCAGCUGGUGGGAGUGUGUCUGUUUGUUUUCAUCCGCCCACAGCAUGCACCCUUCAUCAGGGAUGUUGCCGUAGACGUGGUAAAAACUGGAAUGGGCGGAGCCACAGGCAACAAAGGUGGUGUUGCCAUCCGCCUCCUGUUCCACACCACCAGCAUCUGCUUUGUCUGCUCCCACUUCGCUGCUGGCCAAUCACAGGUCAAGGAGAGGAAUGACGACUACAGUGAGAUCACGCGCAGACUCACCUUCCCCAUGGGUCGUCUGCUUUACUCGCACGAUUACGUGUUCUGGUGUGGAGACUUUAACUAUCGCAUCAGCCUGCCCAACGAGGAAGUGAAGGAACUCAUCAAACAGCAGAACUAUGAGGCCUUGACAGCUGGAGACCAGUUGUUGGAUCAGAAGAACGCUGGUUUGGUCUUCCGAGGUUUUAUCGAGGGAAAGUUAGAUUUUGCUCCCACCUACAAGUAUGACCUCUUCUCAGAAGAUUAUGACACUAGUGAGAAGUGCCGCACACCUGCCUGGACUGACCGUAUACUCUGGAAGAGGAGGAAGUGGAACUUUGACAAAACAGCUGAGGAGAUGAAUAUGGUUGGUGCAGCUUCUACAUCUGGGGAGAAUGAGGAGGAUCCAGACAACCCUUGGUACCCCGGCACUCUGAAGUACUAUGGCAGGGCUGAGCUCAAGACCUCAGACCACAGGCCUGUGGUGGCGAUUAUGGACGUGGACAUCCUGGAGGUCGACCCAGAUGCUCGGCACCAGGUUUACAAAGAUGUCAUUGCCCAGCAGGGGCCUCCAGACGGAACCAUCCUGGUGUCACUCUGCACCUCCGGCCCUGAUGACUACUUUGACGAUGCACUCAUAGACGAGCUGCUGGACAAGUUUGCUCAGUUUGGAGAGGUCAUCCUCAUCAGGUUUGUCGAGGAGAAGAUGUGGUUGACUUUCCUGGAAGGUUACUCUGCUCUCGCUGCUCUUUCUCUCUGUGCUUCCACUGUCCUUGGCAAAGUGAUUGACAUCCGCCUGAAGAGUCCAGGCUGGAUCAAGAGUCUGGAGGAGGAGAUGAGCGUGGACAGGAUCUGUGGAAGUAUCCCCACCUCAGCUAGCUCCACUCUGCUGGCUGAGGACACGGACAUGGGCGACGAUGAUUACGAUAUGGAGGGGGAUGUGGACGAGGAGGUGGAGGAGAUCCUUCCCCAGCACCUGCAGCCUGGAGCCGGCGCCUCCUCGCCUCAGCCCUCCCCCCGCAGCAGCCCCUGUCCCUCCCCAACCCAAGGAGAACCAUCGACCCCCAGCAGACCCAGUCGUUCACAGCAACCCUCCCGACCAUCGCAAGCUGAAUUAAGUCCAUCAUCAGUGAGGAGACGAAGUUCAGGGCCUCCUGUCGACUUCCAGCCUGGUGCCCCCACAUCUCUCUGCCUGGAGCCCAAGCGUGCCCCUCCCCCUCGUCCUAACGCACCUCCGGCCAGACCAGCACCCCCUCAACGUCCACCUCCACCUUCAGGAGGCAUGAGCCCUCUUCCAGUUAGGAGGGACUCUGGAGGACCAAAGAGCCCGGCUCUUCCUCGGCCCUCUGCCGCUGCAGCUCGAGGAGCAGCAGGAGCUCCUGCACCUGGAGGUUUCCCCAGACCGAAUAUCCCUCCCCGAGCCGGGGUGAUCAGUAUUCCCCCCCAGUCUCGCCCACCACAUCCUUCUCACCCAGGAGCACCGAGACCGAUACCAGAAAUGCAUCCAGGGGCCCCCCGACCCAUCCCGGACACCCAUCCUGGGGCCCCUCGACCUGUGACCGGUGCCUUGGAGAAACCUACUGACCUGCCUUUGGGCCCUCCACUCUCAGGCCCACCUCCUGCAGUGAGACCCCAGGCUCCAUCACAAAUGUCGCCCCAACUUCCUGCCCCCUCAGUUCCGUCCCCGGCCCCACCACGGAUCCAGCCCACACUUCAAGCUCCGCUCCUGCCGCAGCAGGCUUCAGCUCCCAAAGGAGGAUUUCCUCCUGCUGCUGGUGCCGCCGCCCCUGCUGGGCCUCCGCAGGGACUAGCCUCUCCCAAACCCCCCCCACGUUCCCGCUCCUCUCACGGACUGCCGCAUGAGGACGCCAAGCCUGAGACGGCCCCAGCUGCACAGACCAAUGGACUGAAUGGACUCCAAAACGAAGCACAAUGGAAGCCUGACCCCUUCGACACACUCCUCUCCUCCUCUUCCUCCUUGUCCUCCUCCUUCUCCUGGCACACGACCCAGUCCCUGACCAGAGGCUCCUCUCUGCGAUCUCCCCCCUCUGUUCCUCCAUCUACAUUCUCCUCCAGCACUCUCCCCUCAUCCUUCUCCCUGCAGCCCUCUGCUCUGUCAGACCUGCGAGUGCUCGACUCAUCCUCCUCUUCCUCGUGCUCCACCCCAUCGCCUCUUGCCUCCACCUUGCUCCCGCCACCUCCGGUCCCGUCUCGCAGUCGCUCGCAGGAAACGCUGUGUGUCCCCCCCGGCCCCUUCCCGACUGAGUCGCUUCCUGCCCGACCCAACAGCACCAAUCCCUUCACAGGUCCGCUGUCACAGCAUCAUCGCUCGCUCACCCCGGACUUCAGCGUCCAGCGUCCAGGCCCGGCAUUAAACCCUCAGAGGCCCAUGUCUGCUCUCACUCAGCCACUCAUUCCCACCCGUGGUCCAGCAAUGGUCCCUGCAGCUGCACCAACCUCCCAGCUCCAGAGGACAAUGUCCCUUUUCUCACCUUCAUCCAUGCUCAGUCCUGCACUGGCUCCUCUGGCUCCCUUCACCUCUGACCCAUCCCCUGCUCCUGCCUUGCCUCUGGCACCACCCUCCUCCAUCCCACCUACCAUUGCACCGCGCGUCCAACCUCCUCCACCGGGAGGCAAACCCACCAAGCAGUGGGUCACGUUCGACGAUGAGUUGGAUUUCCCAGCCACGACAAAAACACAACACAUCCCUGUCGUCCCUUCCAAUUCCCUUCCGCCCCAAACUCAGACUCCUCGCUCCGUGUUCGACUCGGAGCCCGACUGGUUAUACACGGCCCCUUCGGCGUUCCCCACCCUCCCUCCUCCUGUCUCCACCAGAACUGCCACUGCUAAGCCCAAACUCCCAGAGGGUCCCAGUGACAGCUGCUUCUUCCUCGGGGAGUCGACAGAAAGAUAGGAUCACCCUGAAUAUGUAAAGGGCAUGUCCAGAUAUGUAUAGACCAAUGACAAAAUGUGUAUAUGUUUGUGUGUAUGUACAAAAGAGCCAGUAUUUAAGUAGUACAGACCAUUCCCCUUCUUAAACACAGGAAAGGGUUUAUAUCUCGAGCAGAAUAAUGAGACGCGUGUUCCAACCUUAAAACACAGAUAUUAGCUUGUUCCCUAAUAUUAACGUUUAUUUUAAUAUAAAUCGUUCUGAUGUUUAUUUUGAUCCAUGGAAGCAGACGUGCCUGUGUCUACAGUAUACAGUUAAACAAAGUAUAUCUAUACGCACAAAUCAUUUGUGUAAGCACCUGUGCAAUAUCAAGACACGUCGCUGGCCGUAAAGCACGCCGCCUCCACCUGAAUCAAUGUUGCCUCCAUAUUUACGAACACGCUGCGGUUUACAUCCCUCAUUUCUGACCGAUCUGUGCAUCAGAGGAGACGAUCAUCUUCUACUUUCUCGAAUUUUGUCCAGGUUAAAAGUCACAUUGUGUGCUAGCUUUUUUCAUGAAUGUACUUUAUGUUGUACUGGGUUCGGUCACUCGUCCACCUGAUGGCGAGACACAUUCUCUCUCUACUCAGUCAUCACUCUGUCUAUAGGCCGUUCCGCUUAGCUGAAUAUAUUUUGUAGCUCUAUAUCAAAAAACCUAUACAUAGUGGUUAUGUAUAUAUUAACGUUUUCAAUAUGGAAACCCUUGGCUAAUUGUGCGUGUGUGUUUUUGUGAUAACCGUAUCAGUGGUUUGCACAAUGUAACUGAUAUGCACUGAUAUGCUGUACGACAACGACAAAGACGACAACCUGAACCGAUGAGAGGGAUUUCUUCCUCAUUUCCACUUCCUCCUUGAUUUAUCCAAAGCAUUGAACCGUGCUAGUGUAGAUUCAGAGACUGGGGCUUGUGUGUCUGUGCGCGUGUGCGUGUGUUUGCUUCCUACGAAGGUUUGAGUCUGUGAGCGUGACGUGAAAGGCGUCGUGCGUGAUAAUACGAGGGCACAUUUACCAAGCUUUUACUUUCCGAAAACAUUUACUCUAAAUACUCUAUUGUUGAUACUGUGGUGAGAAGUGACGUGUCGUGUUUGAGGUGCAUAUCGUCCGUUUAUGUGUUUGACAGUGUUUAUGUUUGGAUGUAAGUGUGUGUACAGGGUUAACCGUGGAACACCAGAGCUUUCCCCCUCAGAGGUCUUCUCUUAUAUAGGAACAUAUGUGCUUACAGGUUCAGAAGUCGCAGCCUCUGUAUUAACUCACUCGUGGCUCUAAUCGUAUUCCUGCUCUCCAGUCUGCUCACAACAAACACUGUAUGCAAAAUAGCAAACAUGCAAGACAAAGGACUUCAUUCCCCUUUCAGAGCACCCGCCACCUGAGUGAGAAUUCCAGCGCUACUGGAAGACUAUAAGUUCACUGAGAAUACAGACUCUUAAAAACUACACUGUACGGUCGGACCCUGAAUGCGUCGCCAGACAACAUUGUCCAGUCGGCUGUUUGUUGUGUUGCUCCCAGGUCGCCGUGCGGCACACAUUCCAGACCGGAGUGUGAUCCGAGUGUUGGGUGUCAAAUUCUUCCACAUGUGAUAUCUAACCCGUAGCUGUUUCCCUCUGGUUUGAGAGCCUCGCUGGUUCCUUAAUCAUUCCUAAGGUGUGCUUGUGUGCGUGUGCGUGUGUGUGUGUGGUGUUGUCAAAGGUGACGUGUCAGUAAUACUUUGUUCACCUACUUCACUCGGUUGACAACGACGACAAGCAAUAGUUUAGCGAAAAGGGAUCAGUGAGAGCCCGGUCCUCCCUAACUCGACACACAGCAGGUGAUGAAGACCGAUUUUUUUAAUUAUUUAAUUAAAAGCAUUUCAAUGGUUCACGGAGGAUACAACGUGCAAACCAAGAAAGCACCAGCUCCAUAAUGCUUAUCACGCUCUAUCUAAACACAUGAUUAUGAGUAAAAACUAUAUCUGCAUUAAGAGUAGAUGACUAGCCAGCGCUUUUGUGUCACGUCAUGUUCCCGAGAGGACAUUUUAUAGGAAACAAUUUGCUCCUUUUUGUGAGGUCGGUGUUCCUUUUUAUGGCUAUACCCCCCCCCCCCCCCCCCUUAAUGUAUAAGAGUCUGUGUUGUUGAACAUAUUCUGUGCGUAUUCAAGAGAAUUCAUGACGCUGCGACUCGUGUCAGUAUCCCGACGUUCCAUAUUUUAAGUGCACAGCUGAUUGCACAAUUAUGUAUGAAGCAGUUUAUGUUGUAUGUAUGCAAAAAUAAAUGUUCGUUGACCUGA